CCAAACCGAUCAUCCUCCUCGACCCCUCGGUACGCCCCCGAUCUCCUCCUCGACCCCUCGCGAUGCCCCUAAUCCGUCCGGCCUCGCUCUGCCCCCUCCAAUUCCCGAAUCCUUCGCCUCUCCACUUCUCCCGCCCCAAACCCUGGUUCGCAGUUGUCAAAGCGGCGGGAUCCGUCUCGGCCCGCCCAAGCAGGAGGGCCGCCCCCAAAAGCAGAGACGCCUCCGAGGCGGCGGGCUCCGUUUCCACCCGCCCGAGGAGGAGGUCCGCCCCCAAAAGCAGAGACGAUUCCGAGGCGGCGGAGCUCGUGCGGGUGGUGCUACGGAAAUCCGGCGAUGGGAAGGAGCCUCUGGUCGUCACGCUCAGCAAGUUCGUCAGGGUUGUCCGGACGGAGCACUGCUUCCUGCUCUUCGAGGAACUCGGGAAGCGAGACAACUGGCUCCAGUGCUUAGAGGUGUUCAGAUGGAUGCAAAAGCAACGGUGGUAUAUUGCUGAUAACGGCAUCUAUUCAAAGUUAAUAUCUGUGAUGGGUAAAAAAGGCCAGACAAGGAUGGCCAUGUGGCUCUUUUCUGAGAUGCGAAAUAGUGGGUGCAGGCCGGACACUUCUGUGUACAAUGCAUUGAUUACGGCACAUCUUCAUUCACGAGAUAAGUCUAAGGCCUUAGCGAAAGCCAUUGGGUACUUUGAGAAAAUGAAAGGAAUUGAGAGAUGUCGACCCAACAUUGUGACAUACAACAUUCUUCUAAGAGCAUUUGCUCAGGCUGGGGAUGUAAAACAGGUGGAGGCAUUGUUCAAAGAUCUUGAUGAAGGCAUCAUCUCUCCUGAUGUCUAUACUUACAAUGGUGUCAUGGAUGCAUAUGGAAAGAAUGGGAUGCUCAAAGAAAUGGAGGCUGUACUUCUGCGCAUGAAAAGCAACCAGUGCAAGCCAGAUUCUAUUACAUUCAAUCUUCUCAUCGAUGCAUAUGGACGGCGACAAGCAUUUGAUAAAAUGGAGCAAGUAUUUAAAAGCUUGUUGCGCUCAAAGGAGAAACCAACUCUUCCUACAUUCAAUUCAAUGAUAACAAACUAUGGAAAGGCUAGGCUUAAAGAGAAAGCAGAAUAUGUUUUGAAGAAGAUGGUUGAUUUAGGUUUCAAACCGAGUUAUAUCACGUAUGAGUGCCUUAUGACAACGUAUGGAUACUGUGAUUGUGUUUCAAAAGCUAGAGAGAUUUUUGAUGAGAUGAUAAGCACACAAAAGGAGAUACAAAUUUCGACUUUGAAUGCUAUGCUUGAAGCAUACUGCAUGAAUGGUUUGCCCUAUGAAGCCGAUCAGCUUUUGGAUUAUUCAAUUAAAAGGAAUUUGGUGCCAAAUGCUUCAACCUACAAAUUACUUUACAAGGCCUAUGCUAAAGCUAACAUGAAGGAGCUUAUUAAUAAUCUGCUAAAGCAUAUGGAUGAACAGGGUAUUGUUCCAAAUAAAAGGUUCUUUUUGGAGGCUUUAGAAACAUUUGGUUCUACUGAAGUGAGAACCAAAUCUAGUAGCACCCGAGAUACUACAAGAACUCCACAAAUUAAAGCGUAGUUGAAGCCUUUAGUCAUUGAGAUUUGGCUUAUGUGGUCCUUGUCGAUGUUUCUUGCAAGCUUAAGUUAAAUCACUGGUUGCAAGAGAAUCAGAUUAUCUGGUCUCACUUGGUUGGCAGUUGUUUAUGUGGAAAUCUUCUUUCGAAGCAUCCUGAUUCUUCUUCUUAGAAUUUAGUGAUUGAAACUUGUACUUUAAGCAUCAGGGUGAUCAAUGUGGCUUCUGGAGCUAUCUGGUCAAGAUCAGGAACUUUCUUCAGCUGCUAACUGUAGCUGGGUGUCCAAAUAGAAGUGCUACAAACUCUUCCAUGCUGCAAAUGUGUGCAAGGAAGGUUUUGUCUCAGGGAACAAAGUCCACUCCAGCAGAGGAAUUCUCAAAAUGAGUACAGUUGUUGUGACACUUGGGAAGAACCCUUCAGCCUGGCUUUCUUGUAGCCAAAAAUCUACUGCUUUUUGCUAUUUUGUGUAUUACCCAAAUGUUGAGUGGAAUAAGUUCAUAACUGUUCUCUUUCUCCUAUGUUAUGCUACACCAGCAACUCUUUUUUUCAGUCUCCAACAUUUCAAGUGCAGUUAAAAAGAUCAGGAGUUGAGUCUUAUUGUAAGUAUUAAACUCUUUUUAUUAGCUAUUAUGCACAUUUAAACAUUUGCAUUCU